ACGCAAAGCUUGCCGUUCAUGUGACACUACAACAAGUCUUCAUUUGGGGAGGUUUAGCACAAAACCCCCCAUUCGACGGCGGUCAGAGUAAACCGAACCCCGACGGAUAACAACAACGCAGAUCUGAGUUCCGAGACCAUCGUCCAUGGCGGCUGCUCUGUCAAGAACCGCUAACCGGUUUCGUUCCGUUCAACGGUGUCUCCGUCCCCGCGACUUGAGUUAUCUCAGGACUUUGCAGCCAUCUCCUUCUUCCUUCUCUCACGCGCUUCCUCAUGGAGAUUCCUCUCUUCUUCGAUCGAUUCUCCCCGUCACCGAUAGAAUCCAAUGGUGGAAGAAUGGUCAGAGAUGUUUGUUUAGCCCUUCUACUACUGAUACUACCUCAAAACCUAAUUCUGAUAACCCGGAAACUAAUAAUACCGAUAAAAGCGAGAAAUCGGGAGGAUCCGAGGGUUCUGAUGGCGACUCAGAUCAGAAAACCGGUAGUGGGAAAGAUGUUCGUGGAGGGCCCGUUUCAUGGAUGAGUUUUUUCUUGCUGGUUGCUACUGGAGUUGGAUUGAUCUUCUACUAUGAUAGGGAAAAGAAGCGUCAUAUUGAAGAGAUAAAUAACAAAUCCAAAGCCGUUAAGGAGGGACCUUCUGCGGGAAAAGCAGCCAUUGGAGGGCCAUUCAGUCUUUUAAGAGACGAUGGAAAACGUGUGAGCGAGAAAGACUUCAAGGGGAAAUGGUCCAUCAUAUACUUUGGCUUCACUCACUGUCCGGAUAUCUGUCCAGAUGAGCUUAUUAAAUUAAGUGCUGCGAUUGACAAAAUAAAGGAGAAGUCGGGAAUAGAAGUUGUGCCGGUGUUUAUUUCAGUGGAUCCCGAAAGAGACACAGUUCAGCAAGUCCAUGAAUAUGUCAAAGAGUUUCAUCCCAAUUUGGUUGGGUUAACGGGCACCCCGGAAGAAAUCAAAUCAGUGGCUCGUGCUUACCGGGUUUAUUACAUGAAGACGGAGGAGGAAGAUUCAGACUAUCUUGUUGAUCACUCUAUAGUAAUGUAUUUGAUGAGCCCUGAGAUGGAUUUCGUAAAGUUCUACGGGAAGAAUCACGAUGUUGACUCGUUGACCGACGGUGUCAUCAAAGCGAUGCGGGAGUACCGUAAGUAGACAAUAAACGAACACAUUGUUGUUUUGGUUGAUGAUUAAUUUCAUCAACCGAACUUAAUUUUUUUGACAAAAUGUUUUUUUUUUCUAUUUUCUUUUCACUAUUCUUGAGAAUUAAGGGACCAAAUGGAUGCCUGGGUGGUAGAGCCACCAGCUCUAUCCAGGAAACUGAAAAAAAAAAAAAAGACUUGUAGGGAUUUUGCAUUUGAUUUGUUAUAUGACUGUCCAUCUUCAACCAAAUGUCUCUUUGA